AUGUUUGGCUUUGUCGCAGACGGUUUGACCGUCGCAACUACAGUCUUCUUUCCUAUCUUCGCGUCCUACAAAGCUCUCCACACGUCAGAUCCAGCCCUCCUCGCACCCUGGCUGAUCUACUUCGUCGUCCUUUCAGCCUGCACCGCCGUGGAAAACACAUUCGACUUCAUCCUUAGCUGGGUGCCUUUCUAUUCAUGGAUUCGCUUCUUCGCACACCUUUACCUGAUCCUGCCUGGUUCGCAGGGCGCAGGCUACCUGUACCAGGAGUACAUGGAACCUUUCCUCUACCACCAUGAGCGCGAAAUCGACGAGUUCAUUACCCAGAGUCAUGAUCGCGCCAAGUCAGCAGGUAUAGCAUACGUCGAGAUGGGUAUUGAGUGGGUAAAGGUCAAUGUGUUGGGCUUUGCACCCAGGAAGCCCGACUCACCGAGGCCCGAUGGACAGACGUAUGCGCAAAACCUCAUGAGUAGAUUCCAGAUGCCGUCAGCAAGGGGCAGUAAUGAUCUAUACGGGCUGGUCAACCAGGCGCUCAGCGGAGCCAGUGCGCUUUAUGGUGCUGCCGGUACCGCAGGUACAAGAGAUGCGCAAGCCUCAGACCUGAGCCGCGGUGCAGGAAACCUCGUCCCCGACUCUAUCCGCAACAACGACGACCGACUCAACUACGUAGCAUCACAGCGCCAGCGUCUCGAGACCCUUCUACAAGCAUUCGACCGCGAGCAAGAUAACAUCCGCUCACAGCAAACGGGGGGGAACAGAUACCAUGAAGUCAAUAGGAGUACCGGAAGUCUCUCUGGUAGCCUAUCUCGCAACAGGAGCGAAGCCGAAUUCGACAGGAUCGAGCGCGAUGAAUUGAGCUCAGGCUCCGACCGACCGCCGUACCCCAUCACACCGCCCGCACUGGGCCGAAGGACAAGCAGUGGUUGGAUGCCGUGGAACUGGCAGCGUCAGGAACAGCCUCGGGAUGAUCCACUUGCAUACGGCAGGGAACCGAGCGAUAUCAGGAACAGAUCGAGGGCUUCGGGUUUCGAUCUAGGCGAUCGCUAA